GCAAGUCUACGCUCAGCCCUUGAGAAGCGCGGUCGUGAAGGUAGCGUAUGCGUUUUGUUGGGUGCAUCUCUGUAAGCGUCUGAACGGCUGUUGUGUGCGUAUGUUUUUUUGUUGUUGUUGUUUAUACCAUUGCAAAAAACCUGUUUUCCGUUCGAAACCUAUCCGUCGGAUGUGCUGCUCGUGAAACGUGUUCAGAAUUGAUCGUUCCCUUCCCUGUGUGAUCUGACCACAGAGAGUGUGCCAAGCAAAAAGAUUUGGGUCUGCGGAACCUGCGGUUAGACACAGUGUAGAAAGAACGCGUCCUCUGCAGCUUGGUGCACGGUUGAUCGCCCUAGAGUAUUAUUUUCAAGCAAAAUGCGAUAGUUCCAGGUCCUCGAAAACUUUCCGUUCAUACACAGGCGUGGAAUGUAGAGAAAGCAACGAGUUAAACAACUGCUGCUGUAAGGAAUCUUAGCUUCGCCAGAUAAGCUAUCGUUCUUAGUGUACGACACUCUAAGCAUCGGUGUCGUAGUUUAGACACCAGCUUCACAAGGUCAUCUGCUGGUGUCGAGAUAGUGCCGCCGACGAUCGGGACUGUAUCGGCCAUCUCUGCAGCGACUAAGCACCGCACCACAUUGCAAUCCACAUAAAACGUGAUCUUUGACCGGCAAUCAUCAACAUUCCGCUAACAGACGAUCUCUUUCACCAUGGGGUGCGAAUGUGAAUCAUGCAUAGCGAGAACGCUGCUAACCGUCUUCAAUUUUGUGUUAAAUCUCCUAGGAAAGAUCAUGCUCGUCGUAGGAAUUUGGCUGGCAAUAGAUAAGACAUCGUUAAUAGCGUUAAUGAGAAUAAACGAAAGAGAUCUUGAGCAUUUCACGCAACCGGCAGUGAUAGACCAGCUAGCUUAUCUGCUGAUUGUAAUCGGUUUGGUGGUGUUCUUCAUCACCUUCUUCGGUUACUGUGGAGCGAUACGGGAAAGCCAGUGUCUUCUAACAACGUACGGUCUACUCCUGUUCGUAAUCCUUAUGGCAGAGAUGAUUGCCUUCGGUCUAGCUGUUGCGUAUAAGGAUCGGCCGCGAACGGCAACCAAAAACUACCUCCAGUCCACGAUCUCCAACUACUACACGAGCAACGAUAGCAACCAAACGGACGCUGUAACGCUCACGUGGAACUACAUGAUGUCCGAGCUGCACUGCUGCGGUGUGGACGAUUACCGGGACUUUGCACUGUCCGAGAAGUGGAAUGAGAGCAAAGGGGAUAAGCUUAUACCGGCGGCCUGCUGUGUGCAAACGGCCCUUUUCCAGCCGCAGGACAAAAACUGUCCCUUCGCCCCGACGGAUUCGAACAGCUACUUCAAGAAGGGAUGCUACGAUGCGCUCACCGACUGGAUCAUGUACAACCGCAACCUGCUCAUCACCGUUGCCAUCGCGGUCGGCUUAACACAACUGGUGGCCAUGUUCCUGGCAUUCUACCUAUGCAAAUCGAUCGAUAAAUAUGAAGGAAUGCGAUUGUAGAGCAGCAUCGGCAGCAUGAUGCGCGCACGUCGCACCACAUCAUCAUCAUCGUCAUCAUUAUCAUCAUCGUUGCAUCACAGACCAGUACUCAUUGUGUGAGGUCAUGUCGUUCUAAUCAUUUUCGUACGAUAGAACGGGGUUAAUGUGCACUUCCGACGGCAACGUUAACAUACAACUGGACCGAACCGCUGCCAAACCUGCCGGAAUCCACCAGGAAUCUCGUGAAUUGUUAGAUUGCUUAGUUGGAUCCCACCCAUUCAUGUGCGUUUUCAGUGAUUUGAGAAGCGUUCGUUGCGUUUAAAAGUGAUCGCCAUCGCCAUGAUACAGUACGACGCGAAAUCCUUUCACAUUAAUUGGCGAGUGUUUCGCUUUGGGCUAGAAUUAAUAUCAUAUUUACUCUUUUCUGUCUGUACUGUCCUUCUCGUCUGGUGGCGAUUUUAGCACCCUUUCCAACAAAUAGGUACUACUUUUUAAAGAUUGUGAUUGCGUCAAAGUCUAUUGGGCCGAACUGAACAGAAUGAAGCCGCGAGAGAGAAUGAUCAAGUUUUGUUUUUGCGCUACCGGAACCCUGUCUGGCAGAUGCCAGGGUUGUGCGCGCUCGGCACAGCGGUCGCUGGUAUCGGGCAUCGUUUUACGCCUUACAACGGUCGCUACACCCUCUUUGAUGAGUUACAUGUUUUUAAGUAAAGAAAAGUAAAAUAAACGAUUUAAAAGUGAUCGCCGAGAAAUAA